AUGGAUCGUCGAGUCAAGCUCCAGCUGAGAUCAGCUCUAGCCGUUGCGUUGCUCCGAGCGGGGAGCCGACGCGAGCUGGCGCAGUCCGUGCGAGUGCGAGUCCGACAUGAGAGCCGUGGCUCUGGCUCUUUUUUUUUUUUGAAACCACGUCCCAUCAGACUUGACCAGACCAGGCCAGGCCAGGCGGUAGCCAGCACGGCAGCAGCAGCGCACCUUUUCUCCUCUCCUCCCAGAGGCUCCCACGUGCUCGUCGCCUCGCACGCCCGCCACCUCGCCGUCGCCGUCGCCGGCUCCGAAGACGAAAGGCGGGGGCGACCGACCGAUCAGGGGUCCGGGAUGAACUUGCACGCGGCGAGGCUCGAUGCAGCGCACCACCGGGUGGCGCCGACCUCCGCCUCGCAGGGGCAGCCCCGGCCCCAGCAGCAGCUCGGCGUCGGGGACCGCGGCCGCUGCCUUCCUCCUCGCCCUCCGCCUUCAAGAGGCGAGACCCGCAGCGGCGGCGUGGGGAAGGCGGACGAGGUGCGGGGUACUCGGGACACGCGGCUCGGCAGCGGCGUGGCGACGCGCGAGGCGGCGCCGGUGGCCGCGGACGCGGCGGCUGUUGCUGCGGGCGACGCCGCAGCCUCGCCUGGGGUGGCGCGGGAGGACAAGGGAAAGGGGGGCGCCGAGUUGGGCGGCAAGAGGUGUCUCGACUCGGCGGAGGAGAUGGGAGGCGGCGACGCGGGGAGGAAGAGGGGCCUGGGCUUGGCCGCGUACCCGCCACCCCCCAAGCGGAGGCUAGUGUCGGCCACGCGCCGUUUCCCGCCUGGCUACGGGAGGGCCGCCGCCGCUCCGCUCGCUGCCGGGGACGACGAUUCGAGGCUCGUUGUUGCACAAAUCGACGGUGCUUCUGAUGCACUGAAGAAGACAGCUCCUGCUCUUUUGGACGCCAAGGCUGGUUCGAGCGUCAUGCAGGUGGAGUCGUCUGCUGAGGUUGUUUCCGCUCCAAUUGCUGACAAUGGUCAUCACGGUCUGGAGGCUGAGCUGCAGAGAUCAUCCGAGCCUUUACGCCAGAGUUGUGUGCCUAGUGCAGAUGAUUUGCUGGACACCGAUUCACAGGGUGAUGCUGGGAGUGCUGGAUUUGUGAGGAAGGAGUUGGUGCCAGCCACGCGCCGUUUGCUACCCAAACCAAGGAUGGUUUCUGCCGUUCGCCGUUUCCCACCUGGUUGCGGGAGGGCCAGAGCGUCUCUAGUUGCUGGAGAAGGCAGCACUGAAGUCGGCUUGCCAUUGCCGGAGAAGGUGGUGGCUACAGAUUGCUCUACUUCUGCAGCAGACAAACAGGCCAUGCAGAUUGUAGAUGUUCCAUGCAAUGCAACUAUUACUGAUCGAGCAGCACAGAAGGAGAAAUUCGUGGAAGGGGAGACUGCCGCACCCAAGGUACAGCCUCAAGGAUCUCAAAGUUGUACCAAUGUUACUCUGCAUGAGUCUUCAGCUUGUAGAGAUGGGCCUUCUGUUCCUGCAAUCAGUUUGCAAAGUCAGGAGAAGAGAACAUCAUGUGUGGUUGCGAAAGAUAUCGAGGUGGUGAUCAAAUCUGCUGGGAGUUCCUCCAAUGCUCUUGCUCAAUCAUUGUCUGAAGGUCCUUCCAAAGAACAUCUGGUCAGUGUUAAGAUGGGCAGAGCAUUUUCUGGUGUUGCACCAGGAGCGUCUGGCCAAGGUGCUAUGAGGAGAGAUAAGGUCAUGUCAGCAGCUCAAAAAGAAGCCAGGCCUGCCAAACUGAUUCAGAAAUUUUCCAAGAUCAAGGUGAAGGAGACUGAACAUGGAAAGUGUGUGACCACGAAUGGAUCUGAGGACACUGCUGGGUUUGAACAUCAGGCUCCCACAUCUGGGAAGAAGUGCCUCCGGACAUAUAGAGAGGCUGCUGCCACAAGUAGGAACUCCUUUGGUCCCAAGAAGAAGGGAAAUGUAAAACAGAAAUCUAUGCUGCCAUCUAACGUGGAAGAUGACAUUCUGAAGGCACUAGCUGCUCAUGAAGAAAAAUAUGGUGCCCAGAAUGUGGAUGCUAGGAGCAAGGUCAAGAUGAUGCACGGGAGGUUCGAGUUUAUACGCAGGGCUAUAAUACGAGCUGUGAAACAACAGUCAUUGAAGUUACCUAGAACUGACCUUGCAGCUGCUGAUCUAAUCAAGAAAACGUCAGGAUUUACCCAGCAUGGGCCUAUUGUUGGAAACGUGCUUGGAAUUGAAGUUGGUGAUGAAUUUCUCUACAGAGUUGAGUUGAACAUUGUUGGUCUCCACCGCCCAUACCAGGGAGGCAUAGACACCACAAGAGAUAGAUAUAAUGUGCUUAUCGCAAUUAGUGUCGUUGCUUCUGGAGGUUAUCCUGAUCAGCUAUCGAGGUCUGGUGAAUUGGUAUACACCGGUUCUGGAGGAAAGAUUUCUGGUAAGAAGGGGGUGGGGGAUCAAAAGCUUGAGAAGGGUAACCUAGCCUUGAAGAAUUGCAUCCGAACGAAAACUCCUGUCCGAGUGAUUCACAGAUUUAAUGGUCUGAACGGAGAAACCCCAAUGUUCACAUAUGAUGGGCUAUAUAAUGUUGUGGAUUGCUGGAGAGAAGGCCAACCAGGCUCCAAGGUGUUUAAGUACAAGUUACAGAGGAUUCCUGGGCAAGCCGAACUGCACUACGGUAGUGAAACUUCCCACAGAAGUAAAGCUGGGAUCACGGGUUGA